AUGUCCACUCCUCGUAUUAUCCAUGUCAAGCAAACAGGCUCAAGUUUGCUUUACCAUCUCAAGCUGUUGAAGAAUGUGGGCAAGACCCCAGCUCCUAAUUUCAGCGUCAUGUCAUUCCAAUCAAUUUCCCCGGAGGAACUGAAUAUCUCGCCGCAAUUCAGCCACAAUUUUCUGACCCCACAACCUACACACUCAACCACCGCCCCCCACCAUGUAGCCGCGGAACCCCCAAGCUCGACCUCCCGCAGCUGUGUGACCUGCCGUCGCAGGAAGGUCCGGUGCAACAAGAGGUCUCCAUGCUCGAAUUGUACCAAGGCCGGCAUCGACUGUAUCUUUCCCCCGCCUGGCCGUGCCCCGCGGAAAUCGAAGCGCCCGCCGGAUGCAGAGCUGCUCACGCGGCUACGCCGUCUGGAGGGCGUCAUCGAUCAUCUCAGGAGUGGUGGUGCCACAGAUUCCGCACCGGCAGUCUCCCCUCAGGCGACGUCUUCGGCGACGGGGUCUUCAACUGCGAAGAGCGAAACGACGGGGUCGGCAUCGGCAUCGGUUGAACAGACUCCCGAGGUUAAGUGUCCUUUCGAAGAGUCGGACCCGAAGAAGCCUGCUCCCAAUAAGUUUGAAAAUGAGUUCGGGCGACUGGUUAUCGAUGAAGGCAAAAGCCGAUACGUUAGCAACCAGCUCUGGGCUAGUCUUGGAGAUGAGAUUGAGGAGCUGCAAGAUAUCCUCGAUCACUCAUCGUCUGAGGAAGACAAUGCAGAUUCGCCAGAGUCUGCCCAAUCCGGAUCUCAUGACGGGUUCCUUUUUGGAAUGUACUCACUUUCACGAUCUCUCCGAGAAUUCCACCCCCCGACGCCCAAGGUUUCUCUACUUUGGGAGAUAUAUAGAGAGAACGUUGCUCCUCUAAUCACCAUCGUGCACCGGCCAACGGCGAGAAAUCUGUUUGUUGAGGCAGCACAGCGCCCGGAUUCCUUGGACAAGAACUCAGAGGCUCUUGUAUUCUCCAUGUAUCUUAGCUGCAUUAUCAGCUUGAAGCCAGAUGAUUGUUUGCUCCACUUCGGUGAAGACCGGGCUUCUGCUGUCAAGCGAUAUCGGUUUGCUACAGAGCAGGCGCUGGCAAGAGCUGGGCUCUUGAAUACGCAAAGUCUGGUCCUCUUGCAAGCCGCCGUUUUAUUCUUGGUCUGCGUGCGACGGGAAGAUGACAGCAAGUUUGUGUGGUCUAUGACCUCGGUCGUCUUACGCCUUUCCCAGAGCUUAGGCUUACAUCGCGAUGGCACCAAUUUUGCUUUGAAGCCAUUUGAGACGGAGAUGCGACGCCGUCUGUGGUGGCAUAUCUCGCUACUGGAUGUGCGCUCCUCUGAAGACCAUGGAACGGACCCGCUUAUCAAUGAGAACAUGUACGAUACGCGGCUACCGUUGAAUGUCAACGACGAUGACCUCUCGCCCGACAUGGUGGAGCCCCCCAAAGAGCGUGAGGGUUGCACAGAUAAUACCUUCUGCCUAAUUCGCUGCGAGAUCACGAGCGCUCUGCGGCGAGCAAAUUAUGUGUGCCCCAACGCCCAAUUCCGUUCACCGAACAGUCUACCGCCGGUAGAACUUGGUGAGCGAAUGAUUAAAGUCAUCAGUGAUCGAUGUGAGGAACGGUAUAUUAGACACUGCGACAUGAACGUUCCUAUCCAAUGGUGCGCUGCCACAGUUGGCAGACUGAUCCUUGCCAAGUUAUGGCUAAUGAUCCACCACCCAAUGGCCCGAAAGGACGGCGGAAAUGUGACACAAGAAACUCGCGAGAGCUUGUUCUUGACCGCGAUCGAGGUCCUCGAGUUUGGCCGCUUGGUGGAAAACGACCCCAAGACCGCCAAAUGGGGCUGGCUAUGCCGGACAAACAUGCAAUGGCACGGAGUUGCGUUCGUUCUGUCCGAGAUAUGCGUUCGGCCAAUGUGUCCUGUCACCGAUCGUGCUUGGAAUGCCGUCAGUUCCACAUACAAUGAAUGGGCUCGUCAAGCCACACAUAAGAAGGGCAUGCUGUGGCGGCCCCUCGCCGCUUUGAUGAAACGGGCCGCUGCCACCCGGGCAAAGCAGCAGCAGGAAUUGCUAUCCAAGUUUGGUCCAUUGCCUCCUUCAUCAGGACCUGUCAGUAGCCCGAUUGACACUGAACACCAUCUCCUUCCCCAGAUUCAUAUGCCCUUGGGAGCACGGAGUCCACUCCAAACAACUCAACCACACCAAUCUGUACCGAUCACAUACGAUGCAGACUUGGAUAUCGACCUAAGCCGCGGGCCUUUGAGUGCAUUCCAGGACAUGUUCCCUGACACGAACCUGAUGGCCAAGUCAAAUGGACUCUUUGAUUCUCCACCAGCCUAUAAUAACAUCUCGGUGCCGAACUUGCCAUUGUCGAUUGCUCCGGCCUACAAUCUUCCCACAAGCACUCCUUUCUUGAGUCAGCCAUCUCUCCCUGAGGCCCCUGAGCUCAGCUGGGAGAAGUGGGAUCAAGUCAUGCGCGAAUUCCAAAUGGAUGUUGAAAAUGACAAUUCGCAGCCAACAAAAGGUAUCAAUGUUGGUGAAUGGUUUGCUUGA